AUAUUUUAAUUCGUAAAGGAAAAGGGCAAAUAUUAGCCGAAGCUUUACUUUGUUGUAGCCCAGCUUUUACGUGUCGAAACCGGAAGUGACUGAAAUUCAAAAGUUUGGACGUCAUCAGCAAGUUGGCAAGCUGGUUAGGUUUAUAAACUUGUAAGAUUAGUUCACAAUCUCAGCUAAUAGCCGUGGUUGUUUUGCUCCCUAAAUAAAACAAGUCCUGUGUCACUGUAUAAACAUUAAACGUGAUUAGUAACGUUAACUAGCUUGCUAGCUGCAUCCAUGGUUCUGCUUUCUGAGAGUUUCCUUAUUGAAGAAGCCUGAGAAGUUAAAACAGAGCAAAAUGGACUCCGAGGUGUCUGUGAUGCUUCACUGUGCUCCAACUCAGGGCUUUGAAGAGCAUCAAGUACAAGUAGAGAUCUCCAGCAGGUUCAGCCGCAGAAGUGUUCCUGAGAUCGAGAAACAUAUAGAGGCGGUGUGGAACGAGCGAGUGACCAAAGAACCGUGGCUUUUCAACGGGGCGAAAUUCAGACUGCAUUCAGCUCACCUCUCCACAACACAUCCUCGGACCUCUACAAACUUCUGCACCAUGGCAGGCGAUACUGCCGCACAAACCAUAAACUCGACCAAAUCAGCUGAGGGUGACGAACAGCUUGGAAACUGUUCGGCUCUGAAUCGUAUUUCCUUGCACUGUGGUGAAGGAGAGCGUGCCCCUCUGACAAUCAAUGCAAGAAGCAAGAAGAGCAUUUGCUGUAGAGAAACCGUAGGAGAACCCCAGAAAGAUGCAAGACCCUCGGAAGCGAAUGGAGCGAUCCUCCGAUUGCAGCUGGGUUUGACAUGUUAUAAAGACUUCCUAGGGACUAACUGGUCACAGGAGGCUGGGAACCUGCAGCAGCGUGGACGGCUGGAGGUGGGAGAUCCUCAGGCUUUGUUGGCACAGCCUCUCGGCGUCGGUGCUGUCCUGCUUACCUCAGAUGGAAAGGUGGUGAUGCUGAGAAGGAGUCAGAGAGUCGCAGAGGCAGCGGGGCUCUUAGACAUACCCGGUGGGCAUCCUGAGCCUAAGGCUGUGUGUCAGGGGGUGAGUGAGGAGGACAUCAGCGUUGACCUCAUGCAGGGCUGUGAGAGAGCUGUCGUGGCAGAGAUCUUCUCCUCGGUGUGUGCUGAGGUCAGGGAUGAGGUAAAUGUUCCCCUGGGUUUUCUCAGCGCACCUGUUCUGAUGGGAAUAGCACUGAAUCACACCAGCGCAGGACGACCCAGUGCAGAGUUUUUUAUCAGGUGUUCUUUGACGAUGGAGGACGUGAAGGAUUUUUACUGGCGCGGAGGCCCUGAAGCUCACGAGUCCACAGAUAUAGUGUUUCUGAGUAAAUUGGAGAUGCUGCAGUUGGAUGUGAAGUCGCCCUUGUGGUCAGAACUGUGUCCGUCGGCCAAAGGAGCAGUGAUGCUGUACCAACUAGUGAGACCUGAUCAGUCUUAAAGACAGCACCACACGUGCCGGUUUGAAAUGUUUAUAAAAGUCUUUCCGGGUCUCUAAUAAUUUCAAAGAUAUCUUAGAAAACAUUGCCAUGCUAUGGAACUGGAAAGUUUUUGUUUGUUUGUUUGUUUGUUUGAGGAUCCUGUUGACAUUUUUUGGAAAGUGAAGGUUUUGAUAUGUUUACAGCAGUUGUUAUUCACCUCGCAGGCAGAAAGGGCUCUUAAAUCUAUUUUUAAAAGGUCUGAGAGUUGUAUAAUGUAUAUAUAUAUUUUUUAUAUUUUGUAUUUUCAGAGCUUAAUAUAUUUCGCUUAAAAUAGAUUCACAACCCUUUUUAAGAUAUGAAAUGUGAGCAUUUUUAAUGACAAUUUCACACGGAAAUCAAUACAACACAUUUUGUGUGAACGAGACAAAUAUGUUCAAGCGUAUUUACAUAUUCAGGACAAGUUAACUGUGUUCAGCGUUCAGACAAUAUAACGAAAGUUCAGCAUUUUGAUUCAGAAGGAAAUGCAUUUCAGAAUACUGUAAUCAAAUCUGAAUAAAAUGAGAAUCUGAUACAGAAGUUGGUAAGAAAUAUUUUUUUUGUUUGUUUACAAAAUGCAAAUAAAACAAAUGAUUGUAUAAUUUAAAAACAUUUGUGUACUGUUUAAAACGACAGCAUUAGAGCCAUAAUGCUUCUUCCCUGCUCUGUGGAUAAAAGUUCUAAAGCAAUUGUUCAAAAUAAAAUCCAAUGCCAUCUGAAAUAAAAAAUACUAUUUAUUGUGUUGCUGUUAUGAUUUACCAAAAAGCUUGG